AUGAUGUUCGGCUAUGCGAUUGUGGCUGUUUUAGCGGUCUGCCUCUUCUGGCUGGACCCAAUCCUGAAUGCCGUCGCACCAUCCCUCGUCCCGAAGGCCCCGGUAAUGUAUCGGACACCCCGGCCACCAGUGAAGGAGUCGCUGCUGGCCUUAGAGGAUGGCGACGUGGGCAGCGGGAGUUCUUCCUGCCCGCCCGAUGCCUACACAGUGCACCUCUUCAACAAGGCCCCAUUGGUCAUGUACAUUGAGAACUUUCUCUCUCUCUCCGAACGACAGCAUCUCAUAGAGAUCAGGUCAGUCUUUGGAUCGCCAAGGGAACGACAAGAAGUCAACCGCUUCCCUUCUCUUCGUCAUCCUGAAGAUACAUUGGAAGCUGACAGAGCUGCCAGCAAUGCUCUCUACGAGCCGGCGACCGUCACCAGCGACGGGGGCGGGUCCGUCCAGCGCGACACUAUCGUGCGUGACUCGGAAGUGGCUAUUGUGCCCCGUACUGACGUGGUGCGGUGUAUCGAGGCGCGAGCUCGCAGCUUGCAGGGCUGGCGCGAAGACCUCUGGAUCGAGCGGUUGCGCGUGCAGCGGUACGUGGCGCCGUCAGGCCACUACGGAUUCCACUUUGACUGGAGCCGACCUGGAACGGCCACGGGUGGUUGGGGCCGGGUGUCGAGCAUCAUGGUGUAUGUGGACGACGGUGAGCUCAACAGCCCCAACGAGCCGAGACAGCCGUUGGUGGGCGGCGGGACCUACUUUCCGCGAGUGCCACGGCGCAGCGCCGAUUUUCGGUGGUGUCCGUUCAUCAACUGCGAGGGCGAUGCAGAGGUCGAGGUGGAGGACGAGGGCGAAGACGGACAGGAUGGUUACCGGCCGCCCCAGAACAACACGACAACCGGUGUCGUUUUCAAGCCCGUCCCCGGGAAUGCCGUGCUCUGGGAAAACUUUCGGUCGGACGGCACCGGCCGGCCCUUCGAAGAGACAUGGCACGCCGGGCUGCGUGUGCUUGAAGGCGUCAAGGUUGGCUUGAAUAUCUGGAGCUGGGGACGGAUGGACUGA